GCGACCUGUCAUGUCACCAUAGUGUAGAGCAUAGGCCUACUCAGACCAGUUCACUGAGACCUCAAGAUGAAUUUCACUGCCCUGUUCGUGACCCUUCUGGUGGCGCUGUCGGCGCUGCUCUCAGCCGCCAGCCCCGACCCCGAACCCUUCAAGCUGUUGAAGAAGCUCAAGAAGGGCCCGGUCCGACCGAUCUACCGACCAGUCUACUACGCCCCUCGCCCCGUCUACCACCCGCCACCCGUCUACCACCCCCCGCCUCCCGUCUACCACAAGCCUAUCUACAAGCCCGUCUACAAGCGCUGGUAGACCCCCAGACAGAGGAGCCAGCAGCGGUCGACGUCUGGCUGAGAAGUUUGCCGCGGACGCCACGGAGAGACUUCAGCCGGACGCCUGUGCGCGGCGUGAAUUAGCCUGAGAGUCUUGUGUACCGUUUCGAUUUUUUUUUUUCUUUUCCUUUUUCUUUUAAAUGAAAACACUUCUGGUUUAGAAAACUUUAUAUUCCUAUAAAAUAAUGUACUGUAAAAGGAUUCUUUUAUAAA